GAUCUGUCAGUUUUCCAUUAAAUUCAAUUCUUGCAUAAUUUUACAAUGUUUCACGUAAAUUAGUUCAUAUUUUAGUAAAUAAGUGUAAUUUAAUUUGUAAACUGAUAGCACCACUAGUCGAUUGAUCUCUGUUGAUAUAAUCAAUCUAUUAUUUACAUUUCAUGAUAAAAUCAUUGUAUAAUAAUCAUCUAUUCUGUUUUAUUGCUUUCUGAUGUGUUAACUGUUAUCAAUGUUCAACUCACCUACAUUCAUUGUUUUCCUCUCACACCUUUCUUUUACAACGACUUACAAUAUAGUUGAUCAGCUAUAUUAAUCUACUUUAUAAUUAAUGUACCAUGAACUUGUCUAAUAAUCGUCACCACCAUAAAUCUAUUUCCCGGCGACGCUGUGAUCCAUGUGGUGUUAUAUGUUUUUUACUCACUUACAGUAUCAUCUCUUAUUCCGAUUAUGCAUUCCUUUACUGGAUUUCAUGGAGUCCAGCUCCUUCAUUCCUUAGUUUGGUGAAUGGUGCAAUUUACCAGAUUCUCAUUGUAUUUAUGGUAUGUUCACAUCUGAAAGCAAGCUUCUCUGAUCCAGGAAUAGUUUUACGACCUCAACACAAUUUAGAUUUUUCCCAUGAAGCUCUGCUUCACGACCGGGAAUCAUUUCAAUCUGAUUUUAACCGUUCCAAUGAUUCUCGUUGGUCUGUCUGUUCUAAAUGUGAAACAUACAGACCUCCACUGGCUCACCAUUGCUCAAUAUGUCAACGUUGUAUUCGUAAAAUGGACCAUCACUGUCCAUGGAUAAAUAACUGUGUCGGUGAAUUGAACCAAAAAUAUUUCCUUCAAUUCCUUUUGUAUGUUGCUUUACUUUCAUUUUACACCAUCAUUUCCAUUUUAUUUGAACUUCUUCAUAAUCGAAAGCAAGACAAAACCAAAGCUCUCCACACUAUUAUUCUUUUGGUUGAAUCUCUUUUAUUUGGUAUUUUCGUGAUUGCUGUUAUGGCUGAUCAGAUGUCAACAAUUUUCAAUGGCACGACACCCGUAGACAAGUUACGAUCAAAUAAGCCAGGAUCUCCUAAAAAACCUAAAAAGGUUCGGUUAAGAGAAGUUUGUGGAACCAGUUCGAUGCUUCUUUGGUUAAUUCCUUGUCGUGAUAAUAUGGAUAAGCGUCACAGACAGCUUGUUGUUUAAUAAUCCAAUGUUGAUCCAAAUAUUUUAAAUUUUGAUCCUGCGUUCGCUCAACCGUCUUAAUACAAGUUUAAAAUCCAAUUCCAAGUAAUUACUGGCUUUUGAAGUUUCCAAAUUAUCAAAUUCGCACAACUUGAUAGAAACACAUUCAAAGUAACAAUGAUAAAUAUGGCAACAUUGUUUUGGUACCCAUUUGUACCAAAAUAUUACUUACUUAACAUCAAUAUCGAGAACGUUUCCACCGAUGAAAAACACUUAAUCCUGUAAUGCAGCGUUAUAAUGGAAUCAUUUGAUUUACAAAGUACCACUUCUUGAAUUGAUCACUUUUUGCGAGCUGUUUUGAAUAAUUUAUAUUCUCUAUAUUAGUCAUUGAAAAAUACUAAUUGUUAUGAAUCCAAGCUUUAAGUUUUUUUUAUGUUUGAAUAAUUUCUCAGAAUUGCGAGUCAUUUCAUCGUAUAUUUAUUUAUUUGUUUAUUUCAACCAAAUUUUGGCUUUUUAUUUCUUAAUGUGAAUCAAAUAAUUGAAAAUUAUUGAAUUCGUAACUUCAAGUGCAAUAUUGACUCUCCAAUAAACAAGAAAAAAUAAAAGAUAUUUGAUA